AUGGCGGGCUCAAUGCAUCUGUCGCGACUCCGGAAUUGGUUCCUCGCCUCUCCGCCGAUCGAGUUCGCAAUCAACACUCUCAAAGAGCUGCUGGUCGGGGCGCUCCGCCAGGGCCCGAUCCCCCAACACGUGGCUUUUGUGAUGGAUGGAAACAGACGAUUUGCCAGGUCACAUGGAAUCGAGACAGUCGAGGGUCAUAAUCUGGGAUUCGAGGCAUUGGCAAGGAUUCUAGAUGUUUGCUACAAGAGUGGUGUUAAGGUCGUCACAAUCUACGCAUUCAGUAUCGAGAAUUUCAAGCGAUCCAAGUUCGAGGUCGAUGCACUCAUGGAUAUGGCCAAGGUGAAGCUUUCGCAGAUGACGCAGCAUGGAGACCUCCUGGACCGGUACGGGGCCAAAGUGCGCGUUCUGGGCCGACUCGAUCUGCUCAAGCCUGAUGUCCUGGCUGCCGUCAACAAGGCUGUCGACCUCACCAGCCGCAAUGGCGACCGCGUCCUGAAUAUCUGCUUCCCUUACACCUCUCGCGACGAAAUUACCACCGCUAUCCGUCACACCGUCGAGGAUUACAGCAAGCCUCUUCAUCCUGGCAACGGACAUGCCCGGACGCCCUUCUCUGAAUCUCAUAUUGCGCACAACAUCCGAGCUCAGACCCUCGGGUCUAAGACACAUGAUACCCAGAGUGACUCGGAAUCGACAUCGGCCGAAUCGUCCGGUCAAGAAGAUGAUAACAUUCUGCGGAAUGACCACGCCAACCGGAUCUAUGAGUCCGGAUCAUCCUUUUCGUCUUCUACAACUCUUCACCUUGGUCAGCAGGAUCCACAGCACCCCAAGACUACGGUGCAGGGCAAGACAUCCGAUGGGGAAAGCCCGGCAUUUAUUUCUCCCGAAACCAUCUCGCGCCAAACGCUCUCCGAUCACAUGUUGACCAAGGGUACUCCGCCUUUGGACAUCCUAGUCAGAACCUCCGGCGUCGAACGGUUGAGUGACUUUAUGCUCUGGCAGUGCCACGAGAACACCGAGAUUGUUUUCCUCGAUGUGAUGUGGCCUGAGUUCGACCUGUGGCACUUCAUGCCCGUGAUGCUUGGCUGGCAGCGACGCAUUUCCAAGUCGCGGCAGAACCCAGACGCCGAGGGCAACUUCGCCGGCGACAGCCCUGAGUCUAGCGAAGAAGACAUGGACAACAUGGUCCUGCGACAGGGCAAAGUUAAGGCGGUAUAG